AUGAUCUUCCCCUCGAAGAGCCUCUGGCUUGCGGCUCUCAUAGCUUCCCAAGUGCCGGCUGCGUUGGCGGCAACGACAACCAGAAGUGCCGCUCCAUCCCAGACUAUGAACGCCUGCCAGUCCGUGGCCAGUUCCCAGAGUCAAGCUCUGUCAAAGAUUACGCUACCGAAAGCUGGUGAUCUGGGAUACUAUGUGAGGUUCGAUGCCCAGAAAGCAUUCGAGUGUAUAAAUUCAGUGCCGCUGGAUGUCAAUGUCAGCAUCGCAACCAUCGACCUGCUCAAGCAGUACUACGAAUUUGAUACCACUAUCGCCUAUCUGAAGGACCCCCCAAAGUCAUACCAGUCGCUACCUGUCGAUGUCCUGGGACGUCUUGACCAGGUUGCUCAGAGCCUAAGCGAUGGAAAAUACAACAGCACUUAUGAGAUGGAGGCAGCAAUAAAACAAAUCUUCAUCACCGCUCGUGAAGGUCACAUGAAAUACAACGGAGGCGUCCUCGGUAUCUUUUCGUGGGUGCUCCCCGAUGGUCUCAUUUCCGUUUCCUCCGACGGCAAGUCCCUGCCUGAAGUCUACGCCUCUAAUGAUGUGCUGCUCAACAAGAACAACAUCUCCCCGAUUGUCGAGAUCAAUAACCAGACCGUGUUCGACUACCUCCGCAACUAUAUCGAAACAAAGGCUCCUACCGGCCUCAUUGAAUCUCACGCCGACUGGAACGCAAUCAUGUACAGCUCACAGGUACUUUUCGGCACUAUUGGAUCUAGUAGCAGCCUGUCAUACAAUCCAACUCUAUUCCAAUCUACCGACUUUUACAACGGCCCUUCGAUCACGGUUCGCUUUGCCAAUGGCACAAGCUCUGAGUGGAUCUACCAGGCCACUUCUUCCUGGAACCUCCUCCAGCAGAACUUGACCAGUCCCAGUGCCAUUUUCAAUGCACGAGUUUACAGCACUCAGCUUCCUACGCGUGCUGAGGACGAAGACGAAACCUCAACUACAACUACUCGCGUUGGAAGCAGAGCUACAACAUCGGCCCAGAGUAGCGCACCAACCAGCACAAGCGCUCAAUUCGUUCCUGUCAUUGGCUAUCCAAAGGGCCCCAUUGUUAAGCAAGAAAACUUCACCAAUGGUGGUUUCGUGUCCGGGUACCUCCUCAAGAAUGACUCUGUCGGUGUGCUCAGCUUGCCCAGCUUCGCCACAGCCAGCUCAUCUUCAGCUUCGGCCGACUCGCAGAGCUUUAGUGACGCCGUCGCAGAGUUUAUCCGUGAGGCCAAGGAUGCCGGGAUGAAGAAGAUUGUCAUCGACCUUUCUGGCAACACCGGUGGCACAUUCCUGCUAGGUUACAACACCUUCCGCCAGUUCUUCCCCGAUACCCUUCCCACUUUGUCUUUCCGUGCACGAUCUACACCCAGCCUGAGAACUAUCGGCACCAUCGUCACCAAGGUACUGUCGGACGAAAACGCCCAAAGCGAUAUAUAUUCACUUUUCACCGGACCUGGGAGAGCGGCAUCUUUGAGUACUCUUCAUACGAUGAAUCUCAACGGAGAAAACUGGGCCUCCUACGAAGAGUUCUCCAACCCUCGUACUAUUCAUGGAGGCAAUUUCACCCAGACGGGUCGCUACAAUCUUUCUGAUCCAGCAUGGGCCAGCGGUGUCGAUAUGGGCCCGUAUCUGGCGGGCUACGGUACCAACAAGCUGUCUUACGAACAACCUUGGAAGGGAGAGGACAUCACCCUUCUCCUCGACGGCUGGUGUGCGAGCACCUGCACUCUCUUUGCUGAGCUGAUGAAGACCGACGGCGGAGUCAAGAGUGUCGUUGUCGGUGGGAUCCCGCAAUACGGUCCCAUGCAGGGCAUCUGCGGAACGCGUGGCAGCAACAUUCUGGCCCAUACCUUUUUCUCUUCUGCUAUUACUGCGAUCAACUCAUUGAUGAAAUAUGCAGAGACCAGCAUCAAAGGCGGUACUGCCGCCCUACUUCAACAGCUCAACUUGACAAGCAGUGACAUCCGGUCAUUGCCCGCGCCACUCAGCAGUUCGCCCGCCAAGGUCUUUGACAACUCAGUCAACGCCUUGGACGAGAUUCGCGCGUCCAGCCCCGACAGUCCGCUCGCUUUUACCUACGAGGCUGCCAACUGCCGCAUUUUCUGGACUGGGGACAUGGUGCGCGACCUCACCCAGCUGUGGCGCGCCGUGGCCAAGUACUCAAGCGGUGAUACCUCGGUGUGCGUGGAGGGAUCUGUCGACGGGCCUGGUUCCAAGUUCAACGAGACCAUCACAGACGACCCGGGCUACUCUUAUAACAAGACCUGGGAGAAUGCCAACUCUACCAAGGUGCCCGAGGGCAAGAAGGCGAGUAACGGUGAGAGCAACGAUGACAGUGCCGGUCUCGCGUCUUACCAGGUCAGUAUGACUGUGUUACUGGGGGCCAUGUUCGCUGCCCUGUUCUGCAUGUAA